GAAUUGGAACAAAUUAUGGAAGAAAACAACCGCAAAAUGGAAGAGGCUCAGAAAAAAUUGGCCGAGGAACAGUUAAAAUUAGUCGAAGAGCAGCGUAAAAUGUUGGAAGCAAAACAAAAAUUUGAGGAGGAGGACAAGAAACGUACGAAACGCGAACAAGAUAUGGUUUUAAACAAGAAAAACAAUCGACCCAAACUCUCGUUUUCCUUUAAGUGA